AUGUUUGCACGUGCUGCCCUCUGCUGCUUCAUACUACUUCUGCGCCUGGAACUGGGCCACGCAAAGAAUAACUAUGAGAUCAUUAUAAACACUCUGAAGUGCCGCGCUGUGAGGCCGUUGGCCAUCACUGAGAUGAACUGCAUCCUCCAUCGCAAGAGGACACCCAUAAUAUCGGCCCGAUUUCAGCUGAACGAAACCUUCCAGUACUUCGACAUACACACGACGUUCGAUCUGUACAAGAAGGAUAAUACCCGCAUGAACGUGGCCGACUUGAAGAUGGAUGGCUGCAAGUACUUGGGCUCCAUGUACGAGAGCAAUAUCCUGGGCAAGCUCUUCAGGCGUUUCAAGAAGUUCACCAAUUUGCCCACAGGCUGUCCGAUUCUAAAGGGAAAACUGUACGAGAUACGCAACUAUACAUUCCGAUCGGACGAGUACCCGCCCAACGUGCCAGGGGCCAAGUGGCAAGUGCGGACGAGGCUGCUGAGGCGAGCGGAGGUGAUUGGGGAUAUAUUAAUGGAGGGCCAGCUGGUCUAUAAUACGUGAUGUUACUGCAUAAUGGAUGCGACUAAAUACAUAUGCGA